UUCCAGUCGAGAGGCUGCAGCAGUGAAGUUUACCGCUGGGCUGGAUUCUUGGACACUGAUAAACUUGUAAUGCGAGUGGUUAUGAUCCAAGGCCAAGUUAAGCAGAGCUAAAAAGAAACAACAAAGUAACAAAUACAAUGGAAGCGGUGUGUGAAGGAAAGAAAUGCAAGAUGUCAAAGGAGCAUGGAAAGCGUCAAAGAAGUAACAAGGUGCUACAGGAUGGUGAAGAUGAUGUGGAGAAAACUGACCAGGUGAAGAAUACUGAAGAUGAACAAAUUAUAAUCAGUGAGUUGAUUGAGAGGAAUGGUAUUUUAACACAGAGAAAUAAGAAUCUUAAGUCGACUAAUGAAAAGCUGGAAAAUGAAAUCAGUAAGAUGAAGAGGAAAGAAGCUGAGUGUUUAAAAAAGAACAAUGAAUUGGAAAUGAGAAUUAAAGAGCUUGAGAGGGACAAACGGGACUUGGAAAGAAAGAUUAAAGAGCUACAAAAGGAGAAUGAGAACCUGAAGAAGAAGAUGAUGAUCAAUGAAGAAUCUCAGGUUAUGACUGCAAGUGAUGAUAGUGGCGUUGAUGAUUGGGAGAUUGUGGAGAAAUCGGAAAUUGAUCAGGAGGAGAAUAUCCAUCUGCAAAAAAAAUCAGAAAUUAACCAAAAGGAAGAAAGUUCAACUUUCAACUUGAUAUCUAAUACAAUAGGAUCAGUUGUGACUUUUCUGAGUAAUGCAGCAGGUAAGCAAUAAGCUCACACCUUUGUGUUUUAUGAGAAAAAUACCCCAACAGGUAGUUGUAGUACAUCUAUUAGAAAUUACGUUAAGGCUUCAUAGCAGAAAAAUGUCCCUUUAACAAAAAAUAAAGCACCCCAUUCCAAAAUGAAAUACAGGAAAUAAAAGUAGAAAACUAAAGGUAACCAUUCCACACAUGAUAUAAACCAAGUUAUAUUUCAUUUGCCAAGGCACUAACUACAACACCAACUCAAAAUGAGUCCACGUGUGAAUGUAGCCCAUGGUGUGAAAAAAAGAAAAGUGGACUACAAUUGGCUAUUAAAGUAACACAUUAAAUAACUUCAAGCAGAAAUUUAAAGAUUUUGCACAAAGCACAAAGGUAAUCUAUCCUGGAAAAAAAAAUAUUCAA